AUGGAUACUAUUCGAGACAGUAUUCUACGUUCAUAUGGAGCGAUUAUGUGGAGACGUAUUGUACAAGAAGUUGAUUUACCAUCGGAAACAUUUGAAUUUUAUUCACGAUAUGAUGAUAGUCUACUUAUAAAAAUUUGUGAUUGUAUGGUAGAGAUUUUAAAUGAUGGUACACGUGAUACAUAUUUGGAAUUCUUCGGUACAAAUUUUAUACAUUAUUUUUACAGAUAUGGUUUUGAUAAAAUACUUCGCGUAGCUGGACGAACAUUACGUGAUUUUCUUUUUGUUAUUGAUGAAUUACAUGACUCAAAUCGAUAUAUUUUUCCACAAAUGAAACAUCCAUUAUUUCAUGUUACCGAAGAAGAUGAAAAAGGAGCAACGCUUGUUUAUAAAAGCACACGUCAUGGUCUUACUCAUUUUGCUAUCGGUGGACUCAAAGCUGUAGCUUCAUUGAUAUAUAAUCAGAAAGAUAUUCAUGUAAUUGUAAAGCAUAAUAUGUCGACUGAUGAUUAUUCGCAAAUUGCCAUUUGGAUACAAUUUAAUAAUAAGAUGUUUGAAAUAAAACGAUCGUUUAAUUUUCCAUCUUUACCCGAUCUAAGCCUUACAACUUUCCUUCAAGUAUUUCCAUUUUCCAUUCUUAUGGAUUCAUCGUUACGUAUUCGUCAUAUGGGUAAACAUAUUAUAAAAGCUUUUCCUAUUGAGACGCCUUUGAUUGGACGAUUAUUAAACGACGUCUUUCAGCUUAUUCAACCUGACAUUUUUUUCGAAUGGGACAAAAUUCUUUCUUAUGGUCAACAUAUUGUCUUUAUGAUGGAAAAUCGACUUCCACUACGUAUUGGAUCAUCUGGUAGAAUUCGAUUGAAAGGUCAAAUGAAAUAUAUACAACACAAGAAUAUGUUAUGGUUUCUAUGUCAUCCAGUUUUAGGAAUUGUAGACGAUAUAAUUUCAGCUGGAUUACAUUUGACUGAUUUGACUUUGUUUGAUAGUACAAGUGGUCUACUGAUUACUGGUACGAAUCAAGAACAACAAUUGGAGGAGACUACUCUCAGACAAAAUGUGUGGACGAGAAAAGCAUCAGGUAUACGAAAAAAAUUAAGUUCAAGUCAUAAAACAAAUCAAAGUUUACUCUAUUCAACUAUGCCAAAGCAUAUUGCACUUUUACUUCAAUCUGGUGUACAAACGAAUAGUAUCAGUGAAUGUCAACCUUCUGUUAGUAUCAUGUUUAUAAAUGUCAUGGAUUUAAAAACAUUAACUGAUCAUCUUGAUGCUGCUCAUGCUAUAACAUGUCUUAAUAGAAUUGUUAUUUUAUUUGAUGCUAUUGCUGAUAGAUAUGAUGCAUUCAAAGUAGAAAUAAAUGCAGAUGGAAGUUAUAUGGUUGUUGCAGGUAUACAUGAUCAAGCAUACACCCCUCGAGCGCAAAAUGAAUCCCAAUUAUCAUUGAUGUCGUCAGCGAAAGGAGAAGAAGAUACCAAAGAAGAAAAUGCCAAUGAAAACAAAAAUUUAUUUGAACCCAAUUCAACUGAAAUUAUUGCAGCAUUAUCACUUGAACUUUUACAAGCUAGUGAAGAUGUUCAUAAUUCCAUAACGAAUAAACCAUUUGGUGUUAAAUUUGGAUUUCAUUCCGGCAUGGCUAUAGGUGGUAUUGUUGGUACACGAAAUUAUCAAUAUUGUCUAUUUGGUGACACUGUUAAAAUAGCAAGUCAAAUGACGACAACAGGCGAGGUUGGUCGAAUACAUAUCAGUCAAGCAGCAUACGGUCAUUUGGUGGGAGGUAGACGUUUUACAAUGGAAUAUCGAGGUCAAGUCUCUAUUGAAAAUAAGGGGCCAGUCGAUACAUUCUGGUUGACAGGCUCAAAUGUGAUAUCACCUACUACAAAAAUCAAUAAGAAUGCAAUAUUAUCGAAAUGUCCAUUAAGUAAUUUCAAUUUGGUAUUAGAAUAA